AUGUCAAUUUCACCAAUAAAUUUUCCAAAAUGGCUGAAAGAACAUAGUGACAAAUUACAGCCCCCUGUUAAUAAUUUUAUAUUACAGCAUAAUGAUGAUUUUAUUAUUAUGGUCGUUGGAGGUCCUAAUGCUCGAACCGAUUAUCAUAUUAACCAGACAGAAUAUAAAGGAGAAAUGUGCUUAAAAGUUGUUGAUAACGGGGAAUUUAAAGACAUCCCUAUUGGGGAGGGUGAAAUGCUCUUAUUGCCUGCUAAUACACCUCAUAAUCCCGUUCGAUUUGCUAAUACGGUUGGUAUUGUAAUCGAAAGGCGUCGAAGACCGGAAGAAAUUGAUCGACUUCGAUGGUAUUGUACACAAUGUAAAGAAAUGGUUUAUGAAGAAUCAUUUCAUUGUACAGAUUUAGGUACACAACUUAAACCUAUUAUUCAAAAAUAUGCCGCUAAUGAAGAGCUAAGAAAAUGUAAAUCUUGUGGACUUAUUAAUCUUGCCAAAAUUUUAUUUAUGAACAAAGCAAUCGAAUUUUUUGUUAUAAUAAACAAUAACGUUUGGACACUCAGUAGAUGUUCCACCUGGGAGAAUGUUGACAUCUCCCAACUUGACAUAUCCGCCUUCAUGACUGAUCAAGACUUGAUCGAAUAA